UGUAAAGUACAUUGUAAACAAUAGGUAGUCCUUGACUCCUUGUUCAACUAAUCCACGCGACUACUCAGAAGUCAGUGGAUGCUUGAAUAUUAUUCUUGGAGUGUUAGAUCAUAUUAUAAAGUGCGAGUGCAUUAUGAUUAUAUUUAAAGGGAAAAUGCAACAGUGCUCUCACCAAAACCUAGAACUUUCUGUAAACACUAUGAUGUGGAUGAGUUGUUACCAACAACAGGGAGGUUAGGUAGUAUGGCCAUGGACUUAAAUUUACGGCUCAAGAGGAGAACCUGUGAAGACUCCUGCACUUACGCCGAGGUCAGAGGGAUUGCUGCUUGGGGAAGAACGUACAACCCAAUUCAUUUGUUUAGGCGGAAAGGAGAACCAUAUAGCACUACAUAUCAGGCUGUUACGGCGUGGGACUGCAAGAAACUGCACGAAAGUGCGCCACAUCGCUGGUGGUGGCUGGCGCAGACUGUUGAAGUCGCACGGUGCCGCCAGGAUUUUAAAACUUUUCAAAUUUCUGCAUGGCAUGAUGAAGUAGCACGAAACAGUAAGCGGUGUGGCGUGGCGCCGCAACAAAAGAGGUAAGAACCCAAGCGGUGCCGUGCCACACUGCACCACGUGCGGUGUGGUGCAAGUUCGUACCUCCCGUGCGGGAGUGUUACGGCGCAUUCAUACACAAUUAAUAAAUGGCGCGCACAUGUUGUGGGGCGUGCGGUGUGUGCGUCAUCUCCCUAUGUCAAUUGGAUGGAAGGUUGCCGCGCAUUCUAGGGAGGAUGAAACAGGCCGGACAGACCACGGGGGCAUCAUUCGUGCUCUGACAGCCU